AUGUUAAAUGAACUUGCGUUAACGUGUUCGAGCGACGGCAGUUAUGUCUGGGACUUCCGGGCAGGAACGGUGGUUUUAUCGUUGAGACAGAAUAAUAGCAGUAAACAUGCAGUUGAUUUGGUGCCGUAUUCGGGACACGCAGGGAGAGUGGGUCUGGUCAUGUGCGCUCAGAGUGAUAGAGCAAUCAUAAAUGUGUAUUCAUGGCAGAAAGAACAAGUGCAUAUGAAAAUUUUAUGUCCCGAAAAGUUGACAUCCCUGGAAAUAUCCAAUCGUGGAGCAUACUGUGCAGGCGGUACUGAAAACGGUAAAAUAUAUUUGUGGGAGCUCUUUUCUGGAAGAUUAUGUGCUGUAUUUGAUGCGCACUAUAAAAAGGUUAACGUUCUUCGUUUUACAUCUGACGAUACUGUAUUGAUCUCUGGCAGCGAAGAUGCAGGCGUUAAUGUCUGGCUAAUGGCCAGCUUGGUUGAUGAAUUGACGGAUGAUGUUCCUUCGCCUUAUUAUGCGUGGUCAGAACAUUCGCUACCAAUUACAGAUAUUGUUUGCGGCAUUGGGAGUUUUCUUACCGCAAGAGUGUUAACUUCUUCCGUUGAUCAUACUUGCAAGUUGUGGAAUCUGUCAAGUGGCACGUUGUUGACAACAUUCGUUUUUCCAACAAUAAUAACAUGCCUUGCGAUGGAUCCGGCUGAGCGAAUGUUUUUUGCCGGUGGUGGUGAUAACACUAUAUAUCAAGUGAAUUUGUACCGAAAGGGCGAGGAAAGAGAUAUCGGUGAUGGAGGAUUAGUUUUCCGUGGGCACAAUGCACCGUUGUCAACACUUUCUCUUUCCUUUGAUUCUUCACUUCUUGUUUCUGGAUCUGAAGACGGGUGUGUGAAUAUAUGGGACACAUCAAGUAGACAACUAGUAAAGAGACUUGCCCAGCAUAAAGGGCCCAUUACCAAUGUUCAGACAUUCCUUAAGCCACCCGAUCUCUUUAAAUUGAGUCCAUAUCCAACUAAUACGGUCAUCCAACCCAUCCAACCAUUUAAGAAAACGAAGAACAUCGCUCAAAAAGAUGAUGAUGACUAUGGAGCCAUAGUGGUCAUUGAUGGUGCAGAUGAUUAUGACAAGAUACUGGACGAGUGUCAUGGGCGAGCCGUCAAAUCCAGGGAACAUCUUAAUCUAGUGCAAGUAGAGAAUAUUACUACGCAACUACAGAUGAGCGAUACAACCGCAGCCCUCGAGUCAAAAGUAAACGAGUUACAGAGUGAACUCAGUCGUAUUCAUGGACAUUAUCAGCGAGUGAAAAGUUUACAUAAUGAAAUGUACCAGAAUCUGGUUGACGAGUUCAUGCAAAGUAGGAAUAAAUAA